AUGGCAUUAGUCUUAGGAGAUAAACCUCCGCUGAUGACUGCCUAUGAAGACAGUGAUCGCGCUGGAAGCAUCAGUACUCUUGAUUCCUUAGACUUUGCAAGAUACUCUGAUGAUGGCAAUAGGGAAACGGACGAAAGAGUAGCAGUCCUGGAGUUUGAACUACGGAAAGCCAAGGAGACCAUACAGGCCCUCCGAGCCAACCUGACUCAGGCUGCAGAAAAUGAAGUUCCUUUGCAGGAACGAAAAAAUUAUAAAUCAAGUCCUGAAAUUCAGGAGCCAAUCAGACCUCUUGAGAAAAGAGCUCUAAACUUCCUAGUUAAUGAAUUUUUAUUGAAGAAUAGUUACAAGCUUACAUCAAUAACAUUUUCAGAUGAAAAUCAUGAUCAGGAUUUUGAGCUUUGGGAUGAUGUAGGAUUGAACAUUCCGAAACCUCCUGACCUGUUACAACUCUAUCGUGACUUUGGAAACCAUCAUGUUACUGCAAGAGAUGUGGUGGAUGUAUCAGUUGGUGUAGAAGACGAUGACUUAGAGGCUGCUACUCCUAUACUUGGGAGCGUCCCUGUAUUUGAAACAGCACCACAGUCAAUAGAACAAUGUUUAAUAGUGCAAAAAUUAGAAGAUCAAAUUAGUGUGUUAAACAGUGAGAAAUGGUCUUUGAUGGAACAAAUCCAAAGGCUUGAGAGUGAAAUAGAUUUUCUCAAGAAUGAAAACUUUGCUGUGCCAACAGUUUAUGGUGUAGCUCCCCAUCCUUCUUUAAAACAAGUGCCUCUCACAGUCUCAGAGGACAAUGGACGGUACUUGGAUAUCAAGAGCUCUGAGAAUGACAAUAAACAUGGAAACACUGAGGAAACAAGCAUCUCUUUAUCAGCUGAAGUGGAUUCAAGGACUUCUAAAGAUGAUACGCUAAAUUCUGUGCCCUGUAAAGAAACAGAGAAACUGUCCUCUUGUUCUUCAUCAACUAAAGCUGCAGUUCACUUCGAUAAACCUAAUAGGAAAUUGUCACCAGCUUUCCAUCAAGCACUACUGUCUUUCUGUCGGAUGUCAGCAGACAGCCGUUUGGGAUCAGAGGUAUCUCGGAUUGCAGACAGUGAAAGAAGUGUCAUGUUAAUGCUGGGACGCUGCCUGCCUCAUAUUGUCCCUAAUGUGCUGCUUGCAAAGCGAGAGAAAAUGGUUUUACAUCUCUGUCGGGAAUUGAUCCCACUCAUACUGUGUACAGCCUGCCUCCAUCCUGAACCCAAAGAGAGAGAUCAGCUUCUACACAUACUGUUCAAUUUGAUCAAACGACCAGACGAUGAGCAAAGACAGAUGAUACUGACUGGGUGUGUGGCAUUUGCCCGACACGUUGGACCAACACGUGUAGAAGCUGAGCUUUUACCACAGUGUUGGGAACAGAUCAACCACAAAUACCCAGAGAGACGACUACUAGUAGCAGAAUCCUGUGGAGCUCUAGCACCUUACCUUCCAAAAGAAAUUCGUAGUUCAUUAGUACUUUCCAUGCUGCAGCAAAUGCUAAUGGAAGAUAAGGCAGAUCUGGUACGAGAAGCGGUGAUCAAAAGCCUCGGCAUCAUUAUGGGAUAUAUUGAUGAUCCAGACAAAUAUCAACAGGGCUUUGAACUACUGCUUUCGGCUUUAGGAGACCCUUCAGAACGUGUAGUUAGUGCAACACAUCAGGUAUUUUUACCUGCUUAUGCUGCCUGGACAACAGAACUGGGAAAUUUACAGUUCCAUCUUAUACCUACACUGCUUAAUAAAAUCGAAAAAUUGCUCAGGGAAGGAGAACAUGGCUUGGAUGAACAUAAGCUCCACAUGUAUCUGUCUGCUCUGCAGUCAUUGAUUCCUUCACUGUUUGCACUGGUGCUACAGAAUGCACCUUUCACAAACAAGGCUAAACUUCAGGGAGAAGUACCACAAAUAGAAGUAACUAGAUUUCCCCGACCUGUAUCACCUCUUCAGGAUGUGGCCAUCAUCAUUGGAAGCCGUGAGCAAUUAGCAGUGUUGUUGCAACUGUAUGACUAUCAGCUAGAACAUGAGGGUACCACAGGCUGGGAGACUUUGCUAUGGGUAGUUAAUCAACUGCUACCACAGCUUAUAGAAAUAGUUGGCAAGAUCAAUGUAGCAUCAACUGCCUGUGUCCAUGAGUUCUCUAGAUUUUUCUGGAGACUUUGUAGGACAUUUGGGAAAAUUUUUACAAACACUAAGGUAAAACCACAGUUCCAGGAAAUCUUAAGACUGUCUGAGGAAAACAUAGAUUCCACAGCAGGUAAUGGAGUGCUAACAAAAGCCACAGUUCCCAUCUAUGCAACAGGGGUCCUUACAUGUUAUAUUCAGGAAGAAGACCGCAAGCUGUUAGUUGGAUUCUUAGAAGAUGUAAUGACCAUGCUUUCACUAUCCCAUGCUCCUCUUGAUAGCCUGAAAGCUUCCUUUGUGGAACUGGGUGCAAACCCAGCUUAUCAUGAGCUGCUAUUAACUGUCUUAUGGUAUGGAGUUGUCCAUACUUCUGCUCUUGUUCGAUGUACAGCUGCUAGAAUGUUUGAGCUGUUGGUGAAGGGGGUACAUGAAACUCUGGUAGCUCAGAGAGUUGUUCCUGCUCUCAUUACUCUCUCCAGUGACCCUGAAAUUUCAGUAAGGAUUGCAACAAUUCCUGCUUUUGGGACCAUCAUGGAAACUGUUACUCAAAGAGAGGUAAGACACCUGUUGUCAGGCUUCAGUGAUGACUCACAAUAUCAAGACCAACAUUCUCUACAUACAGAAAUCAUAAAAACAUUUGGAAGAGUUGGACCUAAUGCUGAGCCCAGAUUUAGAGAUGAAUUUGUUAUUCCACACUUGCACAAGUUAGCCUUGGUCAACAACCAGCAAUCUGUGGAUUCGAAGAGACUGGAUAUCGCUACCCACCUGUUUGAAGCCUACAGUGCUCUUUCCUGUUGUUUUAUUUCAGAGGAUUUAAUGGUCAAUCACUUUUUACCAGGACUUAAGUGUUUACGAAUUGACAUGGAACAUCUCUCUCCAGAGCAUGAGGUUAUUUUAAGCUCCAUGAUAAAAGAGUGUGAACAGAAAGUGGAAAACAAGACCGUCCAAGAACCGCAGGGCUCAAUGUCGAUUGCAGCGAGCCUUGUGAGCGAAGAUACAAAGACCAAGUUUUUGAACAAAAUGGGCCAGCUGACUACAUCGGGUGCAAUGUUGGCUAAUGUGUUUCAGAGGAAGAAGUGAGAUGGGAAAAGGAACUCUCAGCUAACACUAAGAUGGACCUCACAGAGACUGGUUCCUGUACUUGAAGUACUUGCCUUUUAAUUUCUUCUGUCUUAUGUUCUUGUAGUAUACUUUUAUUCUAACCUCCAAAGAUAUUUGCACUGCUCUUGAAUAUCGCUGUGUAUCUGUUAAUUUUGGGUUAACUGUGGUUGAUAUAAAACUGAGAUCAUAGUCUGUACCAAGUCCCUGUUCUGUGUUCUUGUCUUUCCAGCAUAAUUUUUUUUAUAUAGUGGAAGGGUUUGGUUUUUUUUUUUAUUUUCUGACAGGAUAUCAGCAAAUAUCUGUAUUAUACAUGGAGCUAUUAUGACGGUACUUAAAAUAAUGUAAAUUUGAAGUCAUUGUCAUGAAGUAAUAAAAGUGGAGAUUACUUAUGUAUUUAAAUUAUGAAAGAGUAAUGCAGAUUUUUUUAUUAUGUUUCUAAAAAGAAGAGGAAGAGCCACCAGCAUUUGUCUGUGCUUCUAGGGUUGUUUUUGUAGGUGUUGUGCAUCUUGAAUCCAGAGGAACUGCAGUAUCUAAUGUAUGAGACUGCUUGCACUGCAUCAGUCUGCAGGGAAUGCUUAUGUUUCAGAUGCUUUAUGCUGGCAUUGUAAAUGCUGUACAAAGUCCUUCAGAUAAAAUUCUCGCAUCUGUU